AUGGUAUCUAGGCGGCUGAACGACUUGGACCGUGCCCGUCACGGUGCUGCUGGGGAUGUUUUUUCACUAUAUGCGGCCCUCAUUCCGGUGUAUGUUCUUCUCGGGUCUUUUUUAUUUUCUACGUUGAUGAUUUUUUGCUUCGUGUGUUUUUUCCUGUUGACUGAGGAUGGCGAGGCGAGCAACUCGCCCCACGGCGAUGCGGCGACGGAAAGAAAUGACGAGCAACAGGGGAGUGAAGCGCAUUCCGGUGGCGAGAAGGGAGUUGAGGGCGGACACGACGACGAUGGACAGCCGAGCAGAAAUGAUUCUUUCUUCCAGGAGAGCCGUCGAAAUCGGGAUGUUCGUGACAUGCCGCAGGGCGCUCCUGACACACCAACGGUUUUAAACGGCGAGAUGUUCUUGCCUCAGCGCCCUCGGCAAAGGCUCUCGGAUAUUGACUAA